AUGGAAAUAGCUAACAGAAUCAUUCUGCUCCUCUUGUUAUUACCUGGAAUUGCUGUUGCACAAAAUGCUUCUGGAGGAAGAACACAGGAGGUCCAUGUGGGGGUCAUCCUUGAUUUGGGGUCCUUGGUCGGCAAAAUAGCAAUCACCAGCAUUUCAUUGGCUCUAGAGGACUUCUAUGCUGCCCACCAAAACUAUAGCACAAAGCUUGUUCUCCACAUCAGGGAUUCCAAGAGUGAUGAUGUCCAGGCUGCAUCUCAAGCUUCUACAAAGUACGUCUUUGUAUGCUGUUCUGCAGCUCUUGACCUGUUGGAGAAUUACAAUGUAGAAACUAUCAUUGGUCCUGAGAAAUCUUCACAAGCUAUAUUUAUCUCGGAACUUGGAACUAAAAGUCAUGUUCCAGUCAUCUCCUUCACUGCAACAAGCCCAACUCUAUCCACUAGCAGUCUUCCAUAUUUUGUCAGAGCAACACUAAAUGACUCAGCACAAGUGAGCUGCAUUGCCUCAAUAAUUAAGGCCUAUGGAUGGAGAAAGGUCAUCUCAAUCUAUGAAGACUCUGAAUACGGUAGAGGUAUCAUAUCUUACCUUGUCGAUGUCCUCCAAGAAGUUAAUGUGCAGGUUCCCUACCGCAGUGUGAUUCCUCCAUCAGCAACUAGUGAACAAAUUACCAAAGAAUUAUAUAAGCUGAUGACAAUGCAAACAAGGGUCUACAUUGUGCACAUGUCCUCGAUGUUGGCCUCCACCCUCUUCUUAAAAGCUAAAGAAAUAGGAAUGAUGGAAAAAGGGCAUGUAUGGAUCAUAACUGGUGGAGUAACCAAUCUCAUAGAUUCUUUGCAUCCUUCUGUCGUGGAAUCAAUGAAUGGUGCCUUGGGUGUCCACUUUUAUGUUCCCAAAUCAACAGAACUGGAUAACUUCACUACAAGGUGGAAUAUGAGGUACCGAAUUGACAACCCGACUGACCCACCCUCAAAAUUAAGCAUCUUUGGACUGUGGAGCUAUGAUACAAUCUGGGCAGUAGCACAAGCUGCAGAAAAGGUUGGACUUGCCAAUGCCACAUUUCGGAAACCAAUAUCCAAACAAAAAACAACAGACUUGGAAACCUUGGAAACAUCUAGUAAUGGUCCAGAACUCUUGAAGGAAAUCAUGCAGAGUAAAUUUAUAGGUUUGAGUGGCAGGUUUGACCUUUCAGACAGGCAGCUGGUUGUUUCAGCAUUUCAAAUAAUAAAUAUAUUUGGAAGAGGGUGGAGAGAAAUAGGAUAUUGGAGUGCACAAAAUGGACUUUCAAGAAAAUUAAAUCAAUCACAACCAACAACAUAUUCAACCUCAAUGCCAGAUCUGAACCCUGUGAUCUGGCCAGGAGAAACCACAGACAUACCUAAAGGCUUUGAGGUUCCUGCAAGUGGGAAGAAGCUUCAAGUUGGUGUACGCCCAAGUGGAUAUCAACAAUUUAUAAAGGUUGAGAAGGAUCAAAUCACAGGUGCAACUAAAGCAACUGGCCUUUCAGUUGAUGUGUUUGAAGAGGCAGUAAAGAUACUUCCAUAUGCAGUUCCUUUUGAGUAUAUAUUAUUUGGCUCUCCGGAGGAUACAAGUAGCAGAAGCUAUGAUGAUUUUGUCUACCAAGUUCAUCUUAAGAUAUACGAUAUAGUGAUUGGAGAUAUAACAAUAAGAUAUAACAGAACUUUCUACGCUGACUUUACUGUGCCAUACACGGAAUCAGGGAUAGCAAUGGUGGUUCCUGUCAGGGACAGCAUAAACAAGAACACAUGGAUUUUCUUGAAGCCACUAACACCUGGCAUGUGGCUUGGGAGCAUUGCAUUCUUUAUCUACACUGGUGUAGUGGUGUUCUCAUUGGAGUUUCUAGGCAACAAUCAGAAUGUUCGUCGGCCAAUUCCCAGACAGCUCGGGAUUCUAAUCUUUUUCUCCCUAUUCGAAGAGAAAGAGAUUGUGGAACGCUUUUUAUCUCGGAUAGUGCUGAUUGUGUGGCUGUGUUUUCUUCUGGUAGUUACAUCAAGUUACACUGCAAACUUGUCAUCAAUGUUGACUGUACAACAGCUUCAUCCUACUGUGAAUGAUAUCCAAGAACUCCUAAAAAGUGGAGAAAAUGUAGGAUACCAUCGUGGUUCAUAUGUCAAGGGACUUUUGGAAGAACUUGGUUUUGAAAGAUCCAAGAUCAAGCCCUAUGAUACACCAGACGAUUUUCACAAUGCACUUUCAACAGGAAGCAGUAAUGGUGGUAUUGCAGCUCUCGUGCAUGAAGUUCCUUACAUUAAACUGUUCCUUGCAAACCACUGCAAAGGUUACACUAUGGUCGGACCAAUUUAUAAGGCUGCAGGUUUUGGAUAUGCACUUGCAAAGGGAAAUCCCCUACUCAGCGACAUCUCAAAGGCAAUCCUAAAUGUAACAGGGGGAGAUACCAUACUUCAAAUCGAGAAAAAAUGGAUAGGGUAUCAAAAUGACUGCCAAAAUGUGGGUCCCAUCACAGGUUCAAGCAGCCUCACCUUUGACAACUUCAGGGAACUGUUCAUCCUAACUGGAGCUGCUUCAACUUCUUCUCUUUUGAUAGCAUUGGUAAUUUAUGCCUACAAAAAGCAGCACAGAUCAACAGAAGUCAUAGAAGUUGAUAGAACGCAGGUAGAAGAAAACAGAGCAAAUGAAGAUAAGAAUGAGCCUCAAGAAGGAAACCAAGGAGUGGCACCUGAGGACCAUGUCCAGUUUAGACGAGACAGGGAAGAAAACGACCAGCUGCAUGAGCAAACUGGUUCAGAAAGGGUGGGUGACAGAAAUCCUCACACAAGCACAGAUGCGUGCAAUGGUUCAGUUGCCUCUCACAGGGGCGAACCAAUCACUGUUCUCCAAGCAGAAUCCAUCAGAAGUUGAGCUUUUUUGUUCCCCCUAUUAGCUUAUAGUGAUCUCAGUCCCACAAGUCAAUGAGCUCACCAAAGCCUACAAAUCGAGAGGCUCUUGUUACCCUUAAACUUGCAAGUGAAUAAACCUGCAUUAUGCAGGAGUAUAUUUUGACACUUGAACCACCUGAUAGCAAUUUGAAAAAUGCCAAUGCAGAAACUUAAUUACGGAAUCCUCCGUUGAGGCAUUCCAUCGAGCAUCUGCGCUGCAUCAACUACAGACGAGUGCAUCAUGCUCUAAGCGCACCAAUCCAUGGACACCAUGGGUAGGGUAGUUGCCGCUUCAGUCGUACACGAAGUGCCGGAUCGUGAGCACCCUGGACCAGGAUACGGCUGCCAGCGCCACGGGCGUUUCAGGCUGAUUAGCAGGGGGCGCAUGCGCGUCCACCAGUAGUGCGAGGUCUACCUCC